AUGGGAGCCCCCAAGGGAGCGGAGCAGCAGCCUCCCCAGGAGUAUUAUAUUUUGUAGGUUGAAACAAGAGAGGAUGAAGAGCAAAAUAUUAAGUUAAGUGAAAUUUUGGAACUAUUAGUGGCAGCUGGAUACUUCAGAGCAAGAAUUAAGGGGCUGUCACCCUUUGAUAAGGUGGUAGGUGGCAUGACGUGGUGUAUCACAACAUGCAACUUUGACAUUGAUGUUGACUUAUUGUUCCAGGAAAACUCAACUAUUGGUCAAAAAAUUGCCUUAACUGAGAAAAUUGUCUCUGCCUUGCCCAAAAUGAAGUGUCCUCAUCGCUUGGAGCCUCAUCAAAUACAGGGACUGGAUUUCAUUCACAUCUUUCCUGUUGUUCAGUGGCUGGUGAAACGUGCAAUAGAGACACGGGAAGAAAUGGGAGAUUACAUUCGCUCAUUUUCCAUAUCGCAGUUUGAAAAGACACACAGUCUUCCGGAGGAUGAUGACUUUAUGCAAAGAAAAGAGAAGACUAUCAAAGCAGUUGGUGAGAUAUCUGCAGUGUACAAGCCACAAAGGAAAUACAAGCGACAAUUAGCUGCGGAAAAGUUACUAGAUGAGGAGUCCAAAGUACAUGCCACACUUCUGGAAUUUGGCAGGAGGUAUGAAUUCAGCAGACAAGGAAAAAUUGAGAAGGUUGAAGACAAGAAAAUUAUACUUCCUACAGGACUUGCAUCAACAGGGAAGAAUGAUGCCUACAGUGAAGAUGAUCUUCAAGCUGCCGAAGAGCUUCGUAUUAAAACAUUGAUGACCGAAAUGACUGCAAUGGGAACAGAAGAGAGCCGACUGACUACAAGUACUGUAGGCCAGAUUGUUGGCCUCCAGUCUGAUGAGAUCAAGCAGAUUGUGUCAGAAUAUGCUGAAAAGCAAUUAGGGCUUUCCACAGAGGAACGUCCAGAAAGACUUGGAGCUGUUCAGCAGCACAGAAGGAAGCUGGCCUCACUAAACAAGCUGAUACUGCAGAAAAGAAAACUAUUGGAAGAGUUGCAAGCUAAAUGUGUUGACCUGCAAGCAAACUGUAAUGAGGCAAAGAAGACCCUGAAUAAGGUUAAGAAUUAUACUGAAAAACUGGGCAAGGAGGUAGCAGACUUGGAAACAGUGGAGUCCCAAGCAGAUUCUAAUGUACUGCAGAAGCUUCGAGCAUUGGUGGCAAUGAAUGAGAAUCUCAAAAGCCAAGAACAAGAAUUCCGAUUACAUUGUAGGGAAGAGAUGGCACGCCUCCAGCAAAACAUUGAAAGUUUGAAAGCAGAAACAGCUGAAAAUGGAGAGGAGAAGGAGCCUACUAAAAUUAUAGGCCAGCAAUACAAAGCGGAGAGAGAAAAGCUGCAGAAGAUUAGACUUCUUUUGGCCCGACGAAAUAGGGAAAUCGCCAUUUUACAACGCAAAAUUGAUGAAGUACCCAGCAGAGCUGAGUUAACCCAAUACCAGAAGAGAUUUAUUGAACUUUAUGGUCAGGUAUCAGCAACUCAUAAAGAAACUAAGCAGUUCUUCACUCUGUACAACACGCUGGAUGAUAAGAAGGUAUAUUUAGAAAAAGAGGUUAACUUGCUGAAUUCAAUUCAUGACAAUUUCCAACUAGCCAUGUCUUCUUCCAGUGCCCGAGAGCAGUUUUUGCGGCAGAUGGAACAGAUUGUAGAGGGAAUUAAGCAGAAUCGAAUAAAGAUGGAGAAAAAGAAACAAGAAAACAAAAUGAGAAGAGAUCAAUUAAAUGAUGAAUACCUGGAGCUGCUAGAGAAACAGAGACUUUACUUCAAAACAGUGAAAGAAUUUAAAGAGGAAUGCCGCAAAAACGAAAUGCUUUUGUCCAAACUGAAAGCCUUGAAGAACUUCUGCCAGUGAUAUUUGUGUCAUUUGUACGAUGAGUGGUUUUGUCUUUUUGAUCUAUCCAAGUGACUAAAAUUAUACAGUUAACCUGUAAAGAUGUAAUACAAAAGAACAAAAAGGGAAUCUUGCCUUGUUUGUUUCUUGUGCAGAAAGAUUCCAAUUACUUAAGAAUGGCAUUCUUUCCUAUUUUGAUCUGCCUUUGUGCUAGUCAGCAUUUCAAGAAAAAUCUAUGCACAUUACAAAAUUGUAUACUGUUUUAAACAAGGAAGAAUAAACAGAUGUACCCAGAA